AUGACCUUUAGAAAUCCCCACUCGAGCUUAAUUGUAGUGCUUGUGCACGACGAGCGGCCUGUUGAGCGUGCGGCGUCCCCUGGGUUGGACUCAAAUCUUCAGAUCGACGACAUGUUUUGCGCCCUCUUAAAAUCAGCAACGGCAGGCGAUCUGGAAUUCACAGUCAAGGAUGUUACCGAUGAUGCAUACACGACGCUUAACUUGGCCCGCAAUGGUCAGCUUUCUGUGAAACUUAACGAACUGGCGAAGGACACUCAAAUCGUUUCCGCUCUGAAGUCAGAAUUGGGACAGGCCGACAGUGUACUUCAAGGCACUACAUGUGAACAAAUGCAACUCCAAAGCGGGAUCACGAAUUCGACAUUUCAAGUUAGAUACGUAACCGAAGAAAAAGAGCCGACCUAUCGCGAGAUGGUUCAGACGGCACUUGACGUAGGACUCAUGCUACCGGAAUUGGAAUCAUACCCUACUUCGUGGGAUGCCGUCUGGGAGCAGCCCGCAGGAGCCAACGUCUCAAAGCUUCUCUGGUCUACUAGUGACAAAGUUGGUUGCGUUGUUGGAGUAUGCACAGUGAAAAAUCCAAAACAAGAAUCAUCUACGGGUUAUUUAUUCUGUCGAAUGAAUCCUACGCCGACGGAGAACGGGGCUGCUUUCACCAAGGCAUACUACGACGAGCUAAUGAAACGAAAAACUACCCUGGCAGAAAUGACUGAAGGGGACCUCAAGGCGUCCGCCGGCGCCUCAUCGAUCGCCGUACCCUCCGUUCUUCUAGCAAGCUUGAUCACCAUCACGGCAACUAUUGCUGCAUAG